CCCUCUUUUACAUACGACAUACUUUUGGAGGCAUCAUUUCAUGCGUUGCAAUGGGUUCGAUAGCUGAAGCGAGCGACAUCCCGAGCCUCACGGCGUUAGAACGUAUCGGUCCCAAGGGCUAUGUGCGGUACAUAUUUCCCUUUCCACUAGGGGAUGACUAUGAUCUCGACCAGGUGGUCGACAUUCUCCGGGUGAGCUAUGUGGCCACCACUCGCCGGCUACCGGUUAUGGCGUGCGAGGCGGUGCCGGACCAUCGCACAACACAACGAGGUGUCCUUCGCCUCCAACGCCUCCUCGACGGAAACAUCGAGCCGAUAGUGACCCAAGAUCUGCGUGCGCCCGGCAAAUUUCCGACCACAUACGCAAAGCUUCAGGCCAGGGCGUUCCCGGUGGCUUUCUUUGAUGCCGAUGUGCUAUGCCGCCGCUCUGUAUGGCCCACUUCGGGAGAGCGAUUGCCAGUAUCUCUCUUGCAGGCCAACUUCAUCCCCGGUGGUCUGCUAUUGAAUUGGUGCGUGUUGCAUGUAGUUGGUGACGGCACGACAUACCAGGUGUGGAUGAAGGUUUGGGCGGAGGAGUGUCGUCGUGCUCAGGGCAUGGCCAUUCCUGAACCCAUCGAGCUCCCAGAAGCGACUUUCAGAGAUCGCGAAUGCGCAAUGCGUGCAUCUGGACGUAAACCCGGCUCACUGGGCACUCAUCCGCAGUACACAUUGCUUCCAUCUGCGCCGGCCGGAGCACCCCCCAAGAUGCUGGCCCAGAACCAUCGCACUCAAGUCUUCUAUUUCUCCCCUGCAGCGCUGACGGCACUGAAGGAGGCGGCGUCUCCCGCUCAUGCUACCAUGACCUCAGACCAAACUUGGAUUUCUACCAAUGACGCCCUAUCGGCGCUGCUCUGGAGGACGGUGAUGGCUGUGCAGUGGCCCCUGGAUACUCUCCAGGGUGAUCCCGUAUCUGUUUUCAAUCUCGCGAUCGACGGGCGCCUACGGACCGAUCCGCCUGUUCACCCGGAGACCCUGGGAUGCUUUCUGGAGUAUCUCGGGGUUUCCCUCCCGGUUCGCACCAUUCUGGGCUCCGCUAGCCUUGCGGAUCUAGCCAUCCUGAUCCGUAAAGAAGUACUCCGCGCCGACCGGCAGUUCACGGAUGACCUGGUCGCACUCGUAGAGCAGUUGGAGGAUGUGGACUGCCUGGUGCCCACGGCAUUCCUGGAUGUCCCUGGGUUCAACUGCGUACAGACUUCCUGGAUCAACUUCCAGUUAUAUGGACUGGAAUGGGGUCCCCUCAUGGGCCACCAUAUCGGCGCGGUGCGAGCCCCUCACAUUGGUGUCAUCAACGGUCUGCAACUCGUGUUGCCGGCGCCACCAGAGGGGGGGAUGGAGGUGUUGGUAGGAGUGGAAGAGAGUUGCUUGGAACGCCUGCUGCAGGACCCACUGUGGAUGAAGUAUGCUGUGGCACGAUAAGGAAGAGGUGGAAUAUGCGGGUUAGAUGUCACAAGCAGCCAUCCGUCGUCGCUUCGAG